UCAUCCUUUCUCGAAUGAAUCAAAGCCUGCUGGCAUAAAGUAGGUUAGACUGUUUUUUAAACGCCAUCCAGAGCUUUCUAUCAGACCAACACAAAACUUGUCAAUGGCUAGAGCUAAAGAAUUCACAAAACAAAAUGUUGACAAGUAUUUCUCUAUCCUGAAGCCUGAACUCGAGAAAAUAAACUUUGACCCCUCAAGAAUAUUUAAUGUAGACGAAACAGGGAUAUCUGUAGUCCAGUACAAAGCUACUAGAGUAGCAACCUGUAAGGAGAAAAAGCAAGUACAUACACUUUCAUCUGCUGAACGUCGAUCCACAACCAGAGUCAUAACCUGUUUGUCAGCAGCAGGCCAGUAUAUUCCAUCCUUGUUAAUAUUUCCACUUAAAGGGUGACAGAAAGAAUUGCUUGACAGAACUUCUCUGGGGUCGAUAGGCGAAUGUUCAGAUUCAGGUUGGGUAACUGGUCCAUUGUUUCUUAAGUGGUUUAAACACUUCAGUUUCAU